UCACAAAUUUGAUCCAGCCACGUCUGGUCAAGGUGUGGAGAGGCGAGUCCGUCACGUUAAACUGUACAUUUACUUAUAAUGGAAGUGUGAAUGCCUGGCUCCGCGUUUCAUGGUAUCGGACAUCACCUGGAGGGUCUACUGACAAAAUGAACAACUCGCUCUGCAUUCCUCACCCCCUCAGGGAUGGUUUCAAAAACUGUACGGUAUCACUGAAGCUUGAAAAUGUAUCGUUUGGUCACUCUGUUUACAACUACAUUUGUGAGGUGAAGGUACCAAAUGUCUUCCCUCCAAUUCAUGAAAAGGGCCAAGGAACACGAAUACAGGUUUAUGAUCUUCCAGAAAUGUAUAUACGGAGUGAUACUUUGGUUGCUGGUCAUGAAUCCACUCUAAACUGCUCUGGCAAGGGAUUGUACGACAAGGAUAUCUCCUUUACAUGGACAUGCACUUCUACAAAUAUCACUGCACCAACUUUUGAAACAGACAGAAAUGGCACACUAGUUGCCACCAGUCAUUACAAGAUUGUCCCAAGAGUGGAAGACAAUGGAACUGAUUGCAGUUGCCAGAUUAAUCAUUCCGUUUUUGGACGGCCAGCUGUAAAUACGAUCAAACUAAAUAUUAUGUAUGGACCACAAGAUCUAUUAAUAACAUACAGGUUGAAAGCAGUGGAUACUUUUCGCCUGAUCAAUGAUAACAUCAUCUUUGUUGCUGCUGAUUCAUUCCUGGAACUGAAUUGUCGCGUAGAUAGUAAUCCAGUCGCCACUGUUUUCUGGACAAAUGCCACGGAGAAUCAUAAUGUAACGUUGCAAACUGGAGUCGGGUUCAACAGUUCAAAAGAAUGGACACGUUUCCAACGUAAAGAUGAAGGAAUGUAUUGGUGCAUGGCAAAAAACGGCUACGGCUGGAGAAACAGAAGUAUCUUGAUAAACACAAAACAGAAAGAUUAUCCUUUUCUUUAUGCUCUGGUCCUGGUCCCCCUAACUACUGCCAUAAUUUUGGCAAUAAUAUAUUUUUGCCUGUUCUGAAAUAGGU